AUGGAUGGUGUCUUUUCCCUUCCUGAACCAGCAAGAAUUGAUUUCCUUCGCUCUCUGGUCCGGUCUUUUCACUGCACUUACAUUUGUUUGUGGCGAUAUCAACAUUCCAAUUUAUCCAAUCGUUUGUUCUUUUUGGAUGGUUUUUACAAUGUAACAAGUGACCAACCAAGCUCUUCUUUGGGUAGUUGUAGUGUAGCUGAAAGGGGUUUUAACCAAUAUCAGCGUUUAACUUUUGAUGUCAAUAAUGACUGUGUUCCUGGACUAGCUUUUAAGUACCGACUUCCCUACCUUGAGCUGCAACAAUUGGACCUUCUAAGACUCACAUCCACAGAUAUGCAGACACAAUUCUAUCAAAAAAAAAAAAUGUGCGGUUGUUGCUAUCAUUUGCAGACUACAAUCUUCAUGGGGUGCAACAAAGGAGAAAUUGAGCUUGGGUUCUCCAGUACAUGUCAAGCUGACAUUCGGACAGCACUUGGGAAUUUAUUUCCAGAAGUUCUCUGUCUACAAUCCCAAUCAAUUGAUCAGAAUCCACUUUCAUCAUCUUCAUCUUCUUUAAUACCUUUAUCUACGUCAGGUAGCCAUGAAUAUCCAUCCAUGUUGUUCAGAAAUGAAACCCUUUCUAUGGUUUCCAAAGUGCCACUCACACAAACUAGCCCAUACCAACAAACCAUUCAAGCAUCAACUCAAACAGUUCCUAGUCAAACAAUCUCAACACCAGAGGGUGAACAUGAUGCAAUAGUAAGAGCAUUCCUCCAUGUUAUGUCCCCACCUUCCUCUUCUUCAACUUCUCAUAAUCAGCAAAAUUCUCCUUGUACUUCAUUGGUACAUCCAGAAGCUACUGCGGCUUUCAAGAGAUAUAAUAGACCAGAUACAAUAGUUCCAAAUAGAACAUCCCAAACAGGUUCCAACUUUCGGGGGCAGAGCCUGCUGAAUAGAUCAUUUGCAUUCUGUAGAAGCUUAAAUUUAAUGAGAAUGAGAGAACGCGUGCAAGCAGCACGUUCCACUAGAACCCAUUUGGAUCAUGUGAUAUCAGAGCGAAGAAGGCGUGAAAAUCUCAAUAAGAAUUUCCAGGCACUUAGAGCACUCCUUCCUCCAGGAACUAAGAGAGACAAAGCAUCGAUCAUUACAGCAGCAAAGGAGACAAUGAGGGCCUUGUUAGCUGAUAUUGUGAAGCUUAACUUAAGAAAUCAGAAGUUGAUGAAACUUUUAUCCGCAAAGGAAAGAUUGCAUGUUCAGGUUUCAGAUGUGACAGAAGCGAGCUCAUCACAAGAGGGACGAAUGAUAGACUUGCAAGUGACUUUGAGAGGAGAUAGUUCUCAAGUUGAUUUAUUAAUUCGAUUAUUGGAAUUCUUAAAGCUAGUUCAGAAUGUGACCUUAAUUUCCAUGGAUACAAAUACAUAUAUUAUACAAGGGACAACCAUAAAUCGAUUAACCUUCAGGCUAAGGAGUAUUCAGGGAAGUGAAUGGGAUGAAUCUGCCUUCAUGGAUGCAGUCAGAAGAGUGGUAGCUGACUUCAUAGCGAUGGUAUAG